AUGUCCCAGUCCAUCCUGGUAUGCAUUGCCGGGUGGUACUUCUGCUCCAUCACGCUCUCGCUGUACAACAAGUGGAUGUUCGACCCGCACAAGGGCCUCAACGUGGCUUUCCCGAUGCUCGUCACCUCUGUGCAUCAAUUCAUCCUCUGGGGCCUAUCCUGGUGCUAUCUCAGGGUUUACGCGCGUCCCACGCUCGCCAGAGAUGCGCCAGUUGCGGCGGCCGCGCCUGCAGGCGCGGCAGCCGCCGGCUGGCGCUUUUACGGCAAGAUGAUCGUCCCCACGGCGCUCGCGAGCGCCGGAGACAUCGGGCUAGGUAACGUGUCGUUCAAAUUCGUGCCCCUAGCCGUGUACACGGUUGUCAAGUCCUCGAGCAUUGCGUUUGUGCUGCUCUUCAGCUGCGUGUUUCGGCUCGAAAAGUUCCGGUGGCAGUUGCUCGCCGUCGUCGUGGUCAUGUUUCUUGGUGUGGUCAUGAUGGUACAUUCGCCCGGCGCGGACACGCAGACGGCAAACGACGCCGCGGAAGUCGCGUUAGGAGUGCUUUUGGUGCUCGCCAGCAGCUGUCUUUCGGGCCUUCGCUGGGUGUACACGCAUCUCAUACUGAACAAACACGCAGGCGGCCCAGCCGGGGCUGCAGGCCCUGCAGGUGCGGCGAACGCGGGCGCGGGCGCUCGCAAAAAGUCGCCCGUCGAAACCAUCUACCAACUCGCACCCGUCAUGGGUGUCACUCUCUUCACAUUCGCGCUCAUCGCGGAACGGCCGUUUCCAGCUGUGUUCCACUCCCCGCUCUUCGAGGCCAAUGGCCUUGUCAGCGCGUCCACCGUGCUGCGAGGCGCGCUGUUGUUGCUUGUUCCGGGCUUCCUGGUCUUUUUCAUGACCAUAUGCGAGUUUGGCAUUUUGCAACUGGCACAGGUCCUGACGCUUUCGAUCGCAGGUGUCGUCAAGGAGAUUCUCACCAUUGUUGCGGGGCUCGCGGUACUUCAUGAACGUCUGAGCGGCCUCUACAACUGGCUGGGCAUGACCACAAUCCUGCUCGACGUGUGCUACUACAACUACUACCGAUUCAAGGAAAACGCAAGAACCAAAUACAUACUUGAUUUCGACAACAACGACGAAGAGGCCAACGCCAAUGCCCGGGACUCUACUAAUGUCGAAGAAAUCGAAAUGGUUGUCACAAAAUGA